GGCUGCAGAAUCCAGCCUGGUGCCUCAUUGGAGGACUCUGGAUCUCCACCGCAAAGAAGUUCUCAGGAUUCCUAUGCUUCAAAGCCUUCUAUGUCUUUGGGCACGUCACCAGACAUGCUGAGCCCGGAAGUGCGACAGAUGUGGCUCAACCAGGGCACGGCGGCGGACUUUGAAGAUUCCAUGGUGGGGCAGCUCUUCGAUUCACCCAAGGCUGCGUCCAGGGGUGGAAGCUCUCCGAGCUCGAAGCUCAAACGUUUCGGCGGCGGAUUUAGCUACGCAGAAGGCACACCUGCUGAUUUCGAGGAUUCCAUUGGGGGCACCGCAGGAUGGCCCGACUUCGUCAAAGAGGAGUCCUCAAGCGCGAACACGGGGCCCAGUUGGCAACCUUCACUCAGGCCGAAAGGACAUGAUGUGUGAGCUGCCGGCUGGCUGAAGAAACAGAUUGAACCAAUGACAACUGCGGGUUGAAGCAACAAAAAUCCAUCCAAAGAUUUGAGUGGACCAUGAUUUGAUGGGAGUAUGAUGUGAAAUUCCU